UGAACCUGACUGUUGUGAAGUGCCUUGAGACAACAUGUGUUGUGAAUUGGUGCUAUAUAAAUAAAACUGAAUUGAAUUGAAUUGAAUUAUUCUGCAUAUAGUUUGAUAUCUCUCUGUCAGACUUGAAACAGCUCUUUAAUUCCUUGUAAUACUGCUGCUGAAUAACCGCAGAUGAACUUUGCUUUUGCUUCUCAACUCACCAGAGUCCAUAAAACCAUGAUCUGAGAUCCCCAAGCCUUUUCCAACCCGUAGUUCAAGUACAGAUACGCUGAAAGUUACUCAAUGUUCUGAUGAUCCUUUGACCUGUGAGUAUAUGUUUGCAAGCAGCAACUCCAGUGAUGCUCAAGCCAUGUGAGUGCAGUGGACAUGUGGUAACACAUAUGUACAACUGAGACUGCUAAACAGCUUCUCGUGGACAAAUGAAGGAGUGUUUGUUGCAGCUUCUCGGAAACAUUUGAGUCGCUAUGUAUGCUAAAAAUGUAGUCUUACACAGGUCCAAAACAGCUCACAGUUGGACCCUUAUCGUAAAGGUUCUUGCUGGUCCUCCAAACUGAGGUCACUCUGACUGCUCUCUGCUGCAGGCUAUCUUUGUGUUGUCUUCUGCUAUAUGUCAGACAGUGUGAAGGACAGAUGUUUGACCUGCCUCAACAGAUAGGUGUUACGUGGAGAUCAGGUGACAAUGCCCCACCCCAUUUUAAACCUUGAUCCUGCAAGAAAACAAUUUUUGGCCACUCCCACUCCUGCUUUCCACACAAACGAAACCGACAGCUCAUUUCACCCAAACAAGAAGCUGGAACUCCUACAUUGGGCAUACUCAAACUUUGAAACACUGAAGUAAACCUGAAAAAGAAGGAUUUAAAAAAAAAAACCAAAUUAAGUGACAACAUACUCUUUUUCUGUGUUGAAGAAAAUGGCUUUCAGACCUGAGGAGGAUCUGACCUGCUGCAUCUGUCAUGAUAUUUUUAAAGAUCCAGUUGCUCUGUCAUGCAGCCACAGCUUCUGCAACGACUGUGUGAAAUCCUGGUGGUGGGAUAAGCAGCAGUGUGAAUGUCCGGUGUGCAAGACCGUCUCUCAGACGAGACAACCGCCUCGCAACUUGGCACUGAGAAACCUGUGUGAGGCCAUUGUGUCGAGGAAAGAAAACGACUCUGAAGGUCUCUGCAGGCUCCACUCUGAGAAGUUCAAACUGUUCUGUCUGGACCAUCAGGAACCCGUGUGUGUCAUCUGUCGAGAUUCAAAGGCUCACAACAACCACAGAUUCAGACCAAUCGACGAAGUUGCACAGGAAAGCAAAAAGAAGGUCCAGAUGUUGCUGCUGCCCCUACAGAAGAAACUGAAGCUCUUUGAAGAAGUUAAAGAACAAUUUGAAGAAAAAGACAAUUACAUAAAGACCCAGGCUGAGCACACAGAGGCACAGAUUAAAGAUGAGUUCAAGAAACUUUACCAGUUUCUACAAAAGGAAGAGAAGAAGAGAAUAUCUGCUUUAAGGUAUAAAGCAAAGAUGAAUAAAAAAUGGCUGAGAUGUGACUGUGAUGACCUGAGCAGAAGGAUGGCUUUGCUUUCAGAAACAAUCAGAGUCACAGAGGAGGAACUGAAAGCUGAAAAUGUCACUUUUCUGCAGAACUACAAGACUGCAGUGAAAAACAUCCAGCAGUGCUCCAUGCUGGAUGACGCACCACCAUGCUUUGGAUAUCUGCUAAAUGUUGCUGAACACCUGGGCAACCUGGCUAGUUUGAUCUGGACCGAGAUAGAGAAGACAACCUCCUGUACACCUGUGGUUCUGAAUCCAAACACGGCUCAUCAGCACCUCACCAUCUCUGCAGAUCUGACAAGUUUGAGAUACAGCAGGAGACGAAAAGUUCCCAAAAUACCGGAGAGGAUCGACUACUACCGCUGCGUCCUGGGAUCUGAGGGGUUUGACUCGGGAUCUCACAUCUGGGACGUAGAAGUCGGAGACGGGGGUCACUGGGGACUGGGUGUGGCAGCGUGGCUUGCCUACAAGAAGAAAGAUAUAAAGUCUGGAUUAUGGAUCAUAAAGUUUGAGCGUAAUGAAUACUCCGCAGUUUCUCAGCAGAAUGAGGUGAGACUUCACCAAGUGAAGAAGUUUAGGAAGAUCAGAAUUCACCUGAGGUGUGACAGAAGAAAACUGUCAUUUUUUGAUCCUGAAACUGGAGCUCACAUUCACUCCUUCACACAGAUUUUCCAGGGAAGACUUUUUCCUUAUUUCAGCAAUGGAGGAAGAUCUCCCCUGAAGAUUUUACCAACAAAAGGCUCAACUAACUUGCCGCCGCUCAUAAUAAUCGGUUUUAUUGUGAUGAUGAUGACUCUGUUUUUAUUUCUGAGGCUGAUUUAGUCAGCCAUCAGAUCCGGCCCAAGGCACAAGCAAACUAAGCCGCGGCUUCUGGCCCCCCAAACCAUCAGGGGCCUUCUUGAAUUUUAACGCAAACUUUACAUUUAUAUUUUCUUAUAUUUGCUUAUUGAGAAUGAGAAUAUUGUUAAAUUUGAUUUGAUGGUUUCAGCAUCACUAAAAUGUUUUUAAUUGUUUUAAAUAAUGGGCAAGUUUACUUUGUAAAAGUGCAGAGAUAAUCUUAAUAGUGUGAUUGUUGGGUUAACACAGUAACAAUCUGAUGCUAUGAGUUUAAUAUUGUCUUUGUGUUUGAGUUCGGUUUGUUCACGCAUACAUGUCAGCAAAUAAUAACCAAUUAUCUGUGAUUGCUUUUAAGCUCAGCCGAUUAAAUGUGGCCCCCUCUCCCAGAUUUCACAAAAUCUGUGUUGAAACGCCGUUGGCGUUGGUGAUCUUCUUAACAGGAAGAGGGGCCCCAAAUCCAGUCUAACUCUCAGCACAGAAAAAUAGGCCCCAGAAGACCUUGGGCCAGCCCUGACAGCAAUUUUUCUCCUGACAAUUUACAGUGGGAGUGAAAGGCAUGUGUGUAAAACAUUGUAAAGAAAAAUGACUUUAAUCAGACAUUUUGUAUUUGAAAGAAACUCUGAAUCAACACCUGUUGACACUUUAUUGUUAAAUGAAAAUAUGGGGUGUACAUAUUUUUGUUCAGCUGUUGGUACCCUGCUACAAACAAACACAGCUAUGGUGGAUAUAGGUUUUUUGUGACGUAAAAAAUAAAACAAUAUUAAAUAUA